AUGAGCACUACCAACCCCGUCAACCGGACCACUGAGUGGGAUGACCUUCAAAUAAAAUACGGAAAUUAUGCUCCUCUGGAAAGGGAGGUUAAGGCGGAAGAGAUCUCCUUGAAGGCCCAAGAAGCUAUAGCCAACGUAGACCCUUUAGCGGGCAAGAAUCUGGACCAGCUGGAUGAAUUAGAGGACGAUAUAGAUGAGGACGUUCUCGAAACCUAUCGACGACGACGAUUAGAGGAGCUAAAGGCAGCUAAAGCCAAAGAGAAGUUUGGAGACGUCUACAAUGUGUCCAUGGACAACUAUGUCGAUGAGGUAACACUGGCUAGCAAACAAGCCACGGUCAUUCUUCACUUGUACGACGACUCUUUGGAAGAAUGCGUUCUCAUGAACCGCGCCCUGGAACAGCUCAGCAAAACGCACCGAGAUGUCAAAUUUUGCAGAGGUCUCGCCUCUCGAAUCAUCAAAAACUACCACCAAAAACCCGGGUCACUUCCCACUCUCCUUAUAUACAAGGAUUCCAAGUGCGUCAACCAAGUCAUGGGCAUCUCCAUGUUCUGUGACAAAGUCGUGGACCUGCAACCACAACUAGUAGAAUUCGUGCUCGGCAGACAACUCAAACUCUUCCAUACCGAAACGGAAGACCCACGAAAUGCAAAAGCAACACGGCUUCGAAAAUACCUCACCAAAGACAGCGACGAAAGCGACCAGGAAGUUGGCGCGGACGCGCUUCACACAGGAGCUUAUGAUAAAACAUAUGCUGACCUCGACCUAGACCGAAUAAUGAAUGUUGUACGGAAAUAG